AUGGCAACAGAGCAUAUCGAACAGGCGCAAAAGCACGAUGCAAGAAUCAAAGCGUCAGCAGCAGUCCCUCAAACCAACGACGACGCAGCGGAGCCCCUCAAGAUACCCGGCAUAAUCUACCACGAAAUCAAUUUCAAUGGCUCGGCCUUCUCGCGCAUGUUGCUUUCGAAACUCACAUGGCUUGAGUUCUUCAGGCUCGCAGGGCUCAUGAUUGUCGGCUACCGCAAGGAUGCGAUCAAAAUCUUAGCUCCUCACAUGGAAGACAUGGGUCUUGUCGGACUGGCCGAGCAGUCGCUGGACGUGUGCACCCGCGAAGUCACACAGGUCUUUGAUGUAUUAGGAGAAGAGAAGAACUGGCCAGUUUUGGUCCACUGCACGCAGGGCAAGGACCGAACCGGGCUCAUAGUCAUGCUGGUCCUGUUGCUCCUCGGUGUGGAUCAAACCACUAUCGACGAAGACUAUCGCCUAUCCGAGCCAGAACUCGAGCCAGAGAGGGAGGGAAGGCUGAAAGAGAUGGCAUCAAUUGGUCUGACCGAACAGUUUGCGAUAUGUCCCCCAGACUUGGUAAGCCAUGUAAACUCUUAUAUGGUCGAGAAGUACGGCAGCGUGGAGAAGUACCUGGAGAAAGCCGGUGUGGCCAAGGAGAAGGUGGACUUUGUUAGGGGGAAGCUACUAGCGGACGCGUCGAGGUCCUGA